CCUUAGCUUAGCUUCAGCAGCGCGUCAGUCCGCUGAUCAGCUCUGGAAGCGCACCAUCAAUGGAGCCCGUACUGCACACACCACGACUAAAGAAGAAGUCCCAGUCGGUGGAUAUCGGCUCUCAAAGUUUUCCGGCGCGACUCAUCCCGAGUCUGUCCUUAAACAGAUCUUCACCACCUGUUGCCAAGACAACCACAUCUGAGGUGCAAGAAAACAACACCACCAAUACCCAGCGCCGUGGUCCGCGGUGCAGCGAUCUGAAACGAGGAUACACAAUAGAUACCGGCCAGAAGAAGACGCCGGAGAAGAAGGAUGGGAGGCGGAUGUCGUUCCAGAGACCAAAGGGCACCAUCGAGUAUUCCGUGGACUCGCGGGACACUCUGAACAGUAUCUCGCUGAAGUUUGACACAACUCCCAACGAACUUGUUCAGCUCAACAAACUCUUCUCCAGAAAUGUGGUCCCUGGUCAGGUCCUAUAUGUGCCUGAUCUGGACUACGUGUCCAGUGUGGGCAGCUCUCCCUCCUUCAGUCCCAGCAGCCCGCUCUCUCCCACCUCCUCAGAAGCUGACCUGGAGAAAGUGAGCAGGGACUCCAAUGGUCCACCUCGCUCCGAUGCUCCUGCCCCUCCAGUCUUCUCUGCCCUGCGGCCCUCCCGUGGGGUUUCCUCCACCUCGGAGGAAGAAGAGGCACUGACAGAGAAGUUCCUCAAAAUCAAUUGCAAGUACAUCACAGAUGGCAAGGGUGUUGUUAGUGGGGUGUUGCUGGUGACGCCCAACAACAUCAUGUUUGACCCUCACCGGACAGACCCUUUGGUUCUGGAGAGAGGCUGUGAGGAGUACGGCAUCAUGUGUCCACUGGAUGAGGUUCAGUCUGCAGCCGUUUACAGAGAGAUCACCGACAGCAAGAUCCGUGACUCCAUACCACCGGAUUUUGAAGCCGUGUUCUCUGGAAGCUCUCAUCAAACAGAUCAGCGUCUGCGGGAGGGUUAUGACAGCGCCAGCACUGCCCCCCGCAGCACCGAGGGCUCCAUCUCAGAGGACGUCUUCACAGAGUCAGAGCUCUCGCCCAUCCUGGAGGAGCGGCAGUCCACAGAGGAGCUACAGCAGGAGGACAAGUCAUCAGGAGCCUCGUCCCAAUCCAUGCAGACCCUCCUUCAGGAACCUCAGACGGCUGAGGGCAGCCAUUCAGAGGAGGAGGAGAAAAAGCCAGAGGAGGGAGAACCAGCCAGCGAAACUGCCCAGCCCAAACAACCCAGCCAGGAACAGCCAAGCACACCCACCAGCAGGGACCACCAGCAACCACCCCACUGCCAGACCGAAGGAGUCGCCCCCUCCUUAGGUUCUCAAAGCUUGGCCCCAGGAGCAGGGGAGGCCUCGGGACAGGAAAGCAGCCCCGAUGGGGCUAAACUGACCAGAGAUGGUACUCGAGAUUCAGAGACGGAUGUAGAGGAGCUGAGAAAGAUGUGGAAGAGUCACACUAUGCAACAAGCCAAGGAACAGCGAGAGAGUGUCCAGCAGGCCCAGAGAGAGAACGACCAACAGUCUAAGAGCAGCCAGACACUGAGCUCUGCUGAGGCUGUAGAUGUGCUGAGAUCUCUGUGUGCCCCAAGGUGCUUUCCAUUCCAGCGUAUGAGUCAUAAUUAUUCAACACUAACAGAUGAGCCAGCUUUCAGAAUGAGCCCAGGAGUGAGUUCAAGACGUGAUAUCAUGAGGAAUCAAAUCAAGAAGUCAGACCACCUGUACGUUUUCUUCAUCCAGUGGAGCUCGGAUGUUUUUGGGGAUGGGGUAGGAAGCAUCAGCCGUGAUCCUGGCUUCAUCGUGGUGAAGAAAAUCGAGGAGUCAGAGGCAAACGAGGAGCAGCAAACUGUAGAAAAUUCAGAUAAGGAGUGGGAGGUAGUGUCAUGGACUGAGUACCACCGCCGGAUCGAUGCGUUAAACAGUGAAGAUCUGCGCUCCCUAUGCAAACGCCUCCAGAUCACCACAAAGGAGGAUGUAAACUCCAAACAUGGCACGUCCAUCACCGCCAGCCUGGAGCCAGAGACUUUUAAGCCCAACCUGAACGAACCCAGUGACCUUCUGAAGGCUGAGCAGAUCGAGAAGCUGGCAAAGCAUCUCCCACCCAGAACCAUCGGUUACCACUGGAAUCUGGCCUUCAGCACUUCUAAACACGGCAUGAGCAUUAAGACGCUGUACCGGGCCAUGCAGGAUCAGGACUCUCCCAUGCUGCUGGUCAUCAAAGACAGUGAUGGACAGAUAUUUGGGGCUUUGGCAUCAGAACCCUUCAAAGUCAGUGAGGGUUUCUACGGCACAGGAGAGACUUUCCUGUUCACCUUUUAUCCAGAGUUUGAGGCGUACAAAUGGACUGGUGAUAAUCUGUUCUUCAUUAAAGGAGACAUGGACUCUUUAGCCUUUGGAGGAGGAAGUGGUGAGUUUGGACUUUGGCUGGACGGGGAUCUUUAUCACGGUAGGAGUCAUUCAUGCAAAACCUUCGGGAAUCCCAUGCUCUCUGCGAAGGAGGAUUUCUUCGUGCAGGAUAUUGAGAUCUGGUCGUUCGAGUAGCAGCUCACACAGAGGUACCUUUUUGUUGAGAGAGGAAUCGGACACCAGGCAGAUCCCAAACCUUACUGCACAUCACCGCGGCUCCCAGGAAGCCCGUAACGGACGCUACUGUUACCGCGCUUGUCGUAUGUUACUACUGCAUUUAAUACAGAGCUCUUCUUUGUGCUGUUUAGUAUGUGUGUGUUUUGUUCAAGCCGUGUGCAGCGUCAAUAACCAACGGGACCCCCCGAGCACUUUUAACAUCGAGUGGAGAUGAGGAUGAUGGUGGUGGCGGUAUGGGGUUUGGGCUACCCGAGAACUGCCAUAGUCCAAUUUACCUGAGCCAAAGCGCCAGGAGUCUGUUG